GGUAGGGCCACUGAGCCUGGUGUGGGAUCUGGCCUGACUGGUUUAAUUGGGUUAAAAUGUUCAGCAGCAGCAGUUCGUACAGCUACACAGACUCACUGCAGUCCAGCUGUUAUUUUUUAGAUGAGAUCUCAUCACAGAGUUCUGGUCUCUCUCGGCCGAGUGCUAAAAUGAUCUACACAGGUGUUUGCUGUAAUGCUGCACAGAUGUUUAUGGUGAUUCCAGCUGUGCAGGGUGUGUGCAGGUGCUUUACAGGUGUGUUUUCUGUAGUACAGAGGAAGGAAUAUGCAGAGUCCAUUAACAAUCAGCUGACCAAGUUCCAGCACAGAGUAGAGCACGUGUUUACCUGUGAGCUGGACGGGGAGCAGGUCUCAGGGCUGCAGGACUGUGUGGAGAGGUUGAAGCUGUUGGAGUCGACAGGCCGGGUGUGGGGGCAGGACAUGAUGCUAGAGGUCGAGAACCAAAACCUGGUGCUGAAGGACAUCGAGUCAAAAGAGGAGCUGGAGUGUGUUUCUCUGCGAGAUGUGAUGGAGGUUGGUGCAGUUUUGGAUGGCAGCGUGUUCGAUUCCCUUCUGCUGAUUUUGGUUCAUGAGCGCCGAGUCAGAAACGUCUUUAUGUUUCAGUGCGACUCUCUGAGGGCGGAUUAUAUAAAGCGAGAUCUGGAGCGAGUUCUGCACAACCUGAACAACUCAAACAUGAAGAAUCACGGACUGAAAUACUCCGUCACCAACAGGGGGCGACAAGGGGGUCUGAAGGAGAAAUCUCACAGAAACGCUCCCUCCAGUGAAUGGACCCCAACUCCCCCAAACUCUGGAGAAUGGAGCCCCCUAGAUGACGAUGAAGUUUUUCAGAAUCCACUCACAAGCAGACAGGAGUCGAUCUACAGUGAUCCAGAACUUUUAACUCCACCCGCACCUACAGUGGACCAGCGACCCGGACCAAGCCCUGCGCCGUACACAGAGAGAGAGAGGAACAUUGACGUCCUCAAUCACCUGAUUAAUGAUAUAGAGCAGUUUGUGGACGUGCUGGUGGCUGCAGUUCCAACAGUCAACAAGAAGAAAAAGAAGAAAAAACAGAAAAAUGGAUUACCAUCAGAUGAGGAAUUUAAAAUCUGCCUGCAGAAAUUUAAAAUGUCUUUUAAUCUUCUGGCUUCAUUAAACAAUCACAUUCAUUCACCAAGUGCUGCUGAACUCACACACUGUCUCUUCAACACACUGGAAAUGGUUGUGAGUCGGUGUGCUGAUGACCUCCCACCGAGUGUCGUGGCACCACUGUUAGAACCGCAGUGUGUUCGUUUCCUCAGUGAGGAGGCGACAGCGGAGGAAGACCAGCUGUGGCAAUUACUCGGAGAUGCUUGGAACAUUCCCAGCUCUCAGUGGCCGGAGGAUGAUGAUAAAAUUCCCACCUUCUCUCCUGUGUUUAACGAUGGUUGGGAGCCACCAGAGAUCAACAACAAACCUCUAAACCUGAAGGAGAGACUGGAGUCCAGCGGAAGUCAGAGCUCCAGAAUGACUACACAAUCUACACACACAGGUGAGGAAGCAGCAGUGAGUGUGAUGAAGGUGCUGCAUGAUUUUAGAGCAAGAAAUGAACGAGAACUGAGUGUGAGACGAGGAGAACUAAUGGAGAUACUGGAUAUGUCUAAGCAGUGGUGGAAGGUGAGGAACGGUCUAGGUGAGGAGGGUUUCAUCCCAAACAACGUCCUCGGAUCUACUGAGAUGAACGGCGCUCAGGAGGCAGAGCCUAACCCCACCCUGAACAGGAAGUCCAGACCUGAGGAGGUGAAGGCGUGGCUGGAGCAGCGAGGCUUCAACAAAAUUACGGUGAGAUGUUUGGGGGGGCUCAGUGGGGUGAUGUUAUUGGGGAUGACGCAGGACGAGCUGAAGGUCGUUUGUCCAGAGGAAGGAAGACGAGUUUAUUACCAACUACUGAACAUUAAAACAGCUUUAACUCUCAACAGUGAGGUGAGACCACUGAACUGAGAGAAACCAGAAUCAUCAUCACCAUCAUCAUCACCAUCACCAGCUCCAGCACCCCUCAGGUGUAACAGUGAUGUGGAUCUGUGAUGGAUCCUCCUGUGCUCAUGUGCAGAAUAAUCAGUAAACAAUAAUAAUCUGCUCGUCAGUAUCAGGAAGCUGUUUCAGUAGUCAGGUGGACGCGUCACUACAUUUUACAUCAGUAAUUUUAUCCAAACUUUAAAGCAGUUUUAUUUGUGUUACCAGACGUCCUCUUUUCCCAUCAGGCCGCGAGUCUAAAGUGCCUAAAAUGUUUAAUCUCAAGCUGCUAAAACUUUUCUCCUCACUAAUAAUUAAUCAGGGACUUAAUUUACAGAAUUUGGUAAAUCAUUUUUUACCAAAAGCAGUUGAAGGUUAGGGCCCUUGCUCAGGGGCCCAAUAGUAGUAACUUGGCAGUGGUGGGACUCAAACCAAUGAGUUUCUGAUCACUACACCAGGUUUCUUCUUCCUGCUGCCUUUUUAGAAAAUGAACAGAGAGAAUCGACUUGAGAGUCGACUCGGGCAUCUGAAUCAAUAGAGAAAUCUGACAGCAGUUAAAUUAAUCUACAGAAUUAAAUGAUUACAUUUUAAAGCUAAAACUAUAAAUAAGUCUUUACAUUUUAAUUAAUACAUUUAAUAAAACGUUCAAUAUCAUAAAUUAACAUAAAUGCAUGUUUGCUCAUUAGAUUUUUAUUCAAAUAAAUGAAUGAAUAUAGUAUUUAUUUAAAAUAAGAGGACGUGAUGUAUAUUUCAGCAUAAUAAUUCAUAUUGAUUGUGUUAUAAACGCUCUGCUGCUCUAUGUGAUGUACAUUUUUGGUUUGAAGUUUAGACUUAAUGACGUAGUGACUUAAUUACAACAAACGAAUUAUUCAAACUAUUUAGAAUUUUUUUUAUAAAAUGAACGUGUAAACGAGUUAAGUUAUGAGUGUGGUGAGUAUAAAGACUGAAUGUAAUGUUGAUCUGUGACACCACGCUGUAUAAAUGA